AAAUAUAAUUAUUAAUAAUCAUACCUUUUUUUCAUUUUGUUUCACAAUAUUUUAUUCAAACUCGUUUCUUUCUUCGCGUGAACCUUACGAAUCGAUCACAAUAAAUCCAUAAUUAUUUUUCCUGUUUAACAAAUAAAUAAAUAUAUAAGUAAAAUAAAUAAGUGGAUAUUAAUCAGCGCUUCGAUCGCUUUCAAAAGUUUCAUUUCAGGCGGACAAGCUUAUUAGAAUAAAACGUGCCAACACCGACGUCCGGGAAGUGACCUCAGAGACCUUAUUCGUUCAUUUCUACAUAUAUCCUUAACUUUUUUCUUCAAGUAAAACGAGUGUAGAAAAUGGUCGAAGGUACAUACGCUAUGAAGCAAAUUUUCAUAGAUGAAGAGACAGGUGAAAGCUUGAUGCAAUCUUUCCGGGACAACUUAGACAUACAUGAUCCUGUUAGUUCAGUGAAUAAUGUCGAAACUGGUGAACCUGAAGUUAAUUUUAUAAGGAUUGCAACGCAAAGAAGUAGAAAAGUGCCUUUCCAGAUACCAAAACAAAUAAAAGAUAAUAUGAUGCCUAAGAAAUCGGGCUGUAAAUUAGAUAAUAUGGAAAUGGAACCGGUACCGAUUGGAUCAUCAUUCGGACAAGUAAAUCCAAUCUGUUUGUUUCUACCAGCUAUUAUAUAUUCCCGUUGGUUUCUGGCAUUACUUAUGACGUUUGAAGUUAUUUUACAUGUGUGGGCGCAUCACAAAAAUAAGUCAUUAAAAAAUGCUUAUGUAUAUUUUCGAUCACCAUUCCACGCUAUAUCUUCUGAGUUUUGUGCUCUUUGUCAGAAUGAAACAUGUAUGGAUCGUGUUGGAAAAUUGCAGCAAAAACGAAUGCACAAAUUCUUUCGACAAUGUAACUAUAUGAAGAGAAUAGUUACAUGAAAUAUCUUUGUAAAAAAUGUUAUUCUUGUAACAUAUUGUACUGUGUCAUAUAUUGAUCAAGUGUAACAUGUCUACAGUUUUACAUUAAGGCAAUUUUUUUUAUAUAAAAUAACCUAAAUUGUGUAAGAAUAUCUUAUAUUCAAGUUAUCAAAUUAUUAAUAAUGAUUUUGUGAAAAACUAAUCCAUUUGUAAUAUAGAAGUAAAUACGCUAACAAAAAUCAAAAGUAAAACUAAGUUUUUCUACAAGAUAGAAGGUGGAAGUUUAACAUUCUAUACAAUGAACAAAAAAUGAAUAACUUAGGUAGUCAUUAUUCAUAUAUCUUUGUUUAUAUAGUACAAGUAUUUUAUUGUUACAACAUAGGUUUACAGAGGUUUUAUUUUUAUAUUUAAUAAACUAUGUUAUUAAAGUAUAACUUUAUCAAUAAAGAUAUUUACUGAAAUUUAA